AUGGAGGAAAUCAAUGAAAAUCGAAAUCGAUUUUAUCAAGAAAAGUUAGCGAGGCAAGUCAGCAAGAAAGCCGAUGAGAUCAUCUCGUUGGUCACUUCAUCGUUCAACAUUCAUUUGAAUAUCGGACAGAAGAUGAUUAUCGAUACACCAAAAACAUUUGUUUCAUUCGAAGUGAUUUCAAUCAAACAAGUUGGACGAGCAGAAAUUCAUCUUUCAUCAAAUGUUACAUCUUCUCUUGAAAACACUUCACCUGUUUGUCUCGUGAGAUCAAUGAUAGAACGAUUAGCUGUAUUUGACAAGAAUUCUAAGACGAAUCUUUCCACGAUGAUCUCACUGACAAUUCUCGAUCGAAAUGGAAAUGGAAUUCCAUUUAAAACAACAAAACAAAAUCCAAUUCGAGUGAGAAUUCCACGAGAUCCGAAUAUUAUAAUUCCACCAAUGAUCUAUCAUAAUGUUUCAUUAUUCAAUUCGACUUAUCACAAUCAAACAUUUCAUUAUCAUUUUGUGAAUAUCACUUCUUCUUUACCAAUUUCAAAGAAUCCUUCUGUAUUUAUUGAUAAUCAACAAACAAUUGGUUAUCAAACAUUGAUAUUUGGUGUACGAAAAUUGGCUUCAACAGAAUCCAAAGAAUCCUGUUCGAAUGAAACUCUUCCAAUUCCAAUUGAUCCAGUUCAUUUCACUUCAGAUUAUCAAACGAGAGUUUAUAUAUCAGGUUGUUAUUACCUUGAUGAACAAAAUCGAUGGAAAUCUUAUGGAUUAACUGUUGGAUCGAAGACCAAUCAUUAUGAAACAGAAUGUUUUUCUACACAUUUAACAAAAUUCGCAAGUGGAUUUGUCAUUUUAUCAGAGAUGAUCGAUUGGAAUUAUGUUUUUAACAAUGCAAAUUUUCACAAAAAUAAAACAAUUUACUUAACUAUCAUCACUGUUAUCCUCAUCUACAUCAUUUUGAUGAUUUAUGCACGGAAAUACGAUAAAAAAGAUUUUGAAAAAUUGGGUGUAACACCUUUGUCCGAUAAUUAUUUUUAUCAAUUGAUCGUUUUUACUGGUCAUAGAAAAGAUUCAGGAACAAAAUCCAAAGUUCAUUUUGUUUUAUAUGGUGAAAAUCAAUUAACUCGUAUUCGAACAUUCGAUGAUCCUCAAAGAGAAAUUUUUCAACGUGGUGGAAUUGAUUCAUUUAUCAUGGGAGUUCGAAAAUCAUUAGGACUAUUAAAUUGUCUUCAUAUUUGGCACGAUAAUUCUGGAAAAGAUUCUUUUGCAUCUUGGUUUCUCAAAUACAUCAUUGUUCGUGAUUUACAAACAAUGAAAAUGUCUUAUUUUAUUUGCCAACGAUGGUUUGCAGUGGAAAAAGAUGAUGAAAAAAUUGAACGCGUAUUUCCAGUUGCAAGUGAAAAAGAAAAGAAGGAGUUUUCAUAUAUUUUAUCAAAGAAAACAUUUCAUAGUUUAUCCGAUGGUCAUUUAUGGUUUUCGAUCUUUGCUCGUCCACCAUCAAAUCGAAUAUCAUGUAUUAUGAUCUCCGAAAUGAAGCCCAAGUCAAGAAAGCAACGAGUCUUUCCUUCGGAACAUUUUCCAUCACAUCAGAUCAGGUUCUGA